AUGCCUGUUACCGAAUUCGCACUCUUCACCCUCCGUGACUCCUACGACGCCGUUGAGCUCCUCGAGGUCGUCAUGGAGUGCCAGGAGAUCCAGGAUGAAUGGGUCCGCGCUCACCAUCCCAAUGAGUGCGCCAAAAAGGCCUCGGUCAGCCGCCUCUAUGCCGACGCUACCGAGCCCGGUCGCCAUCGCGUCGCCAUCACCGCGCCCUGGAAGUCCCCCGCCGCCCACCUUGAAUGGCUCGACACGCCCGCCAACAAGCAAAUCAUGGCCAAGUUUGCCGCCUUUUUACCCGGCGGCACCGUGCCCGACCACGCCGCCGCCGCUGACCCCACAGCCAGCGAGGCGGACCGCGGGUUCCUCUUCUUCCACAUGAACACCGCCGGCCGCCGGCCGCACCUCCACGAGGCCUUUUCUCCGAAAGAAACGCUCAUCGUGACCAAAUUGGCAGCGGUAGAGGGCGCUGCGGGGCGCGAGCAGCUGCAGGCCCGCUACACAGAGCUCGAGGACGCGCUCAUGGCUGGGAGGCAGAAGGACAGGGUCUGGGCGGGCUGGCGCAUCGAAAAGGAAGGGGACCGUGACGAGCUCGUGAUAUUUCGCAGUGCUGACCUUGCGGCUGACGGGCUGGCGCCGCUCAACCAGUACGGCAAGUCUAUAGGCCCCGAGCUGCGCAUUGCCGAAAUAGCGCCUUGA